AUGGCCGACUCGCUAUACGAACUUCUGGCACCGUACUUCGACCGGCCAACACCAGCGUCCACAACACCCGAUUCUAUACCUCUACCCAAUGAUCCCACAACGAGCGCAUAUCUAGCCCGAUUACCGACUCUCUCGCUACAGUCUUUGACUACGACUGAGCCCUCAUACCUCAAUGCUGCAACCCAGUCGAGUCUACGUUCCUUGCAGGCACUAUCCAAGCGCUCGCAUCGCUCCGUCAUCACUGCAACCGACCACCUAUCGAACCUCUCCACCCUCCUGCCCUCAUUGUACACACAGUCAAAAGAGUUAGAAGAUGCAUUGCCGAAUCUGGAGUCGGCCGCUACAAGCUUUGCGACCAAAUAUGACAGAAACACCGAUAAUGCCGUACUCGACAGGAGGAAAAGAGCAAUGUUGCUGAGCAGAAACGUGGAUAGAGUCAGCGAUGUCAUGGAGCUGCCGACCUUGCUAUCUACUGCUAUCAGCUCCUCUUCCGUUGCUGUCACUCAAGGCACUGGAGGCGCAGCUGCUUCUGGUUAUGCUUCUGCUCUCGACUUGCAUGCUCAUGUCAAACGUCUCAGAACGUUGUAUCCAGACUCCGAUCUGGUAGGAGAUAUCUCGCGGCAGGCUGAUGACGAAAUCCAAAAUCUUAUAACCGUCUUGAUCAACGGUCUACAAAAUCCCUCGCUCAAGCUUGCUGGAGCAAUGAGGAUGAUCGGCUGGUUGCGACGUGUCGCCCCUGAACUUGCCGAUGACACGUACGGCAAUGUCAAUGGACAGACAAGAGGCAGAUCUUUGGGAGCUGCUACAGGGGAAGGAUCGUUGGGUGCGCUCUUUUUAGUGUGUAGGCUGGGCACACUCCAGCGGACACUUGAAGCAUUAGAUCCUCUGAAAGACCUUGCGGAUCAAGAAACAAGUCGUCGAUCAGAGAACGGUGCCCGCCAAGAAGCCUGGAUGGGAGGUGCUCAGACUGAACGUUACCUGAAGAGAUAUGUUGAAGUGUUCCGUGAGCAGAGCUUCGCCAUCAUCUCAAUGUACAAAAGUAUAUUUCCUUCAGCAUUACCGAUACCUGGAAUGGCUGGAUCAGAUAUCAUUUCGCCUGCUGGCACACCAACACAGACUCCGAGUAUUUUGGACGAUGCGACAACGUCCUUCUUCGAAGCCGACGAUGACAAGACUCCAUCGGGACUUGCGACCUUUGCACCACAUUUGGUCGACAUGCUUUCUGAGACAUUACGUACCUACAUGCCAAAUAUUUCAGAGAGGUCGUCAAGGGACAGUCUGCUCACUCAAGUGCUAUAUUGCGCGGGCUCCUUGGGCAGACUGGGUGCCGACUUUGGUAUGAUGCUUGCUCUCUUGGAGGACGAAUUGAAUGAGGAGGCCGAAGUUGGCGAUACGGUGCACGUAGACGAGGAUGAACAUGAAUGGGUACAAGUUAUGAAAAAGCACAGAGUACAGGCUAGUCGACUAGAAAUCCUGGCGAGUGGUGUUGGAUCUGGGCGGAAGACAAGUACCAGUCUCGAAACUCGCAGGCCUUCUGCCGUUUCCGGUUAG